UUAAGCCCUGCCAUAUUCCUCCCAGGCCCCCCAAAUUGACCGGUUUACCCUUGAAAUAUUUCGGUAGGUACAAACCAAAACAACAUAACUUCGGUAAUUGUGUACCGAAGGUAUGUGACAUUAAGCUAAGGCCAGCAUUAUAAGCAGAUUCAUCACAGUAUGACAUGAUUUCGGUACUUAUCUACCGAAGUGAGCGUUUGACCUAAAAAAAUUUUAAGUUCGGUAAAUACGAAGCGAAAACGCUAAACUUCGGUCCGUAUCUACCGAAAACGCCAAGUUUCGGUUCGUAUCUACCGAAGUUGCCCUAUAUAGAGCAGAUGACAGAACCUGUCAUGUCAUAGCCUCUUCUACACUCAAUCCGGAUUGUUGCGCCCUAAGGCGAUUUUGGGAGCUUUGGAAGGCAUCAAAUCAACGUUUCUUCACUCAUAGAGGGAUCCUAAUCUCAUUUGGAGUCAUACAAAAGGUAAUCUUUGCUUUAAUCGGUUUUUUUUUUCAAUUUUAAUGGUGUUUCUAUGAAAUAUGUUGAAAAUAUGUUACUUAAUGAAUUGGGUUUGAUAGAUACACAUUGAAUAAAACAUGUAUGCUGAUUGGGUCUGAUUGUAUUGGUUAAUAUGCAUAGGUGUUGGGAUGGGGGAACCUCCGGAUGAAUUGAAAACAAACAUUGAUGAACCCGACUCUGUUAAUGUUGUCGAACAUGUCAUUGUUCAACCUAAUGUUGUGGAACUUGUCAUUGCUCAACCUAAUGUUGUGGAACCGGCCGUUAAUGUUGUGGAACCCAGUGAUAAUGAGCAUAAAGUUGACACGGGAAAAUAUUUUCAUGAUGCACCGUAUUGCAAUGAGCGAGAUGAGUUGAUCAAAUGGUGUCGCAAUGAGGCAAAAAAAGCUGGAUUUACUAUUGUGAUUGCUAAAUCAGAUAACGGUUCUUACCGAAGGAAAAGGUAUUUUGUGUUGGGUUGCGAAAGAGGCGGGGAGUACAAAGAGAGGAUAAGGAAAUUAAAGAAUGAGGACACAGCUACGAGGAAAUGUAACUGUCGGUUUAGGUUGCGAGGUUACUUUUUGUCAACACAGGUAUGGAGUCUAAAUGUAGUGAACGGCGAGCAUAACCACGAGCUGUCGAAUAACCAUGAAGGUCAUAUUCUUGCGGGACGUUUACAACCGGAGGAGAAGGAGGUUGUAUGCGAGUUGACAAGAAAUUUGGUGGCCCCAAAGAACAUUUUGUCCACAUUGAAAGGGCGAAAUCCAGAGACCAAAAUUUCAAUGAAAGCUGUCUACAAUGCGCGCCAAAGGCUCAAGAAAGAACUUAGGGGUGAAAUGACUGAAAUGCAACAACUAAUGAAGUGUUGUGAGAGUAACAAAUAUUUUCACAAGUGUAGAACAGUUGGUGACUCUACAACUAUACAAGAUAUUUUUUGGGCACAUCCGGAAAGUGUGAUUUUGUUUAACACUUUCCCUACUGUUUUGAUGUUGGAUUCAACUUACAAAACCAACAAGUAUAAAAUGCCGUUAUUUGAGAUAGUUGGUGUAACUUCUACCGAAAAAUCGUACAACGUUGGUUUUGCAUAUAUUGCGAAUGAAAAAGAAGAAGACUUCAUAUGGGCCCUUGAGACGUGUCGGAGUCUACUGAAGAGUAAAGACACAGUGCCGAAGGUCAUUGUCACUGAUAGGGAUCAGGCACUGAUGAAUGCAGUUGCGAAAGUGUUUCCAAAAUCAACAGCUUUACUGUGUCGGUUUCAUAUUUAUAAGAACGUGAAAGCUAAGUUCACGACUCUUUGCAACGCAAAAGAAGAAAACAUGGUCAAGUUAAAGAAAACACUCGCAUGUCAAUGGAAAUCAGUUGUAGAAUCGACAACAGAAGAGUCGUAUAUUGAUGCUGUCGUUGAUUUCAGGAAAGUGUUUGACCAUUAUCCAAAUUUUGUCAAAUAUGUUGAAACAAUGGUUUUAGAUCAGGUGAAGGAAAAAAUUGUGAGUGUAUGGACAAAUCGUGUUAUGCACAUUGGAAACACUACAACCAACAGAGUUGAGUCUCAACAUGGAGUGUUGAAACAAUACUUGCCGGAUUGUAAGGGUGAUUUGGUCAAGGGUUGGGAAGCGACAAAUGAAAUGGUUUCAAACCAGUUGAUAAAAAUAAAGACGUCAUUUGGACAGAGUACUAGUGCCGUUGAACACUAUUUUAAAAAGCACUUUUUGUACCCUAAGUUGGUGUAUAACAUAUCUAGACAAGCCUUACACUUUAUUAGGGAUGAAGAAAUUCGUUCCCGCGAAUGUGGUAAGAAUCGGAAAAAGUGUGGUUGUGUGAUGAAGAUAACAUACGGGUUGCCAUGUGCUUGUCUAAUAGCAUUGAAGAGGGACAAAAAGCUACCUAUUAGACUGGACGAGAUUAACACUCAUUGGAAGAGGUUACAAAUUGACGAAGCAGAUGAUGGACAGGUUGACUGCUCGAAGGAGUUUAGGGUCAUUCAGGAACGGUUGAGAUUAUCAAAUCAGAGUAUGCAGCUACAAAUUAGGGAUCAACUGCGACAGAUAGCUUUUCCAGAAAUUACAUCGCUAACUGCACCGGUCAAACAGGUAGAUACAAAGGGUGCAAAAAAACGGGCAAAGUCAAGUAAAUGUAACAGUUCUACCACUAGAUCUCCAUCUUAUUGGGAGCACAUUGAUGCCCGAUAUCCUGACAGUCAGGCAUCACAAUCAAAACCAGCCAAACCCAAAAGGAAGACUGCUCGCAUAGGCACUUUGUCUCCUAAUGCUAUACCUCGCCGUUCAAUUCCGUUUAUGGAGCAUAUGCCAAUGUUCAUGCAUUCAUAUAUUGAGGACAUUAUUGAUGUUAAAGGGGAUGGGCAUUGUGGAUUCCGCGUUGCAGCAGAGUGUCUUAAUAAGGGCGAAGAUAGUCAAGGAUUAGUUCGUUCAAAACUUAUCAGAGAGUUAACCAUGUUUAGGAAAGAGUACCUGCCUAUUUUCGGUACUGAGGCACGUCUACAAUACAUUCUUGAUGGUUUGUUCCCUCCCAAGGUAAUGCCUAAGAAUGGCAUUGCACCGGAAGAAAAAUGGUUCACAUUUCCAGAUAUGGGCCAUAUCCUUGCAACGGCCUACAACCGUGUUGUAGUAUGUUUGACAUCGCAUCAUAUAGGUUAUUCUGAAACAUUUUUUCCACUGCGUACCAAGCCACCGUUUGAUCCAUCUGCACACAUUAUUUGUAUUGGUAUGGUUCCAUAUCACUGUGUCAAUGUAAAACUGAAGUCUGGAUGUCCACUUCCUCCUACUAAUAAGAGCUGGAAAAUUCAUCGGGCACCGGAGGCUGAGACUUGGGAAGAUACAUUUUUGGACCGGAUGAGUGAGUUUGACGAACUCAUGAAGAAUGAAAAAGGUGAUUUGAAGAAGGAGAUCAAUAAAGAUGAUCCUAUAACAUUUUCAGAUGACUAG